GGCACUUACUUUCGCGUCACGACGUUCGGGGAGUCGCACGGCGGCGGCGUCGGCUGCGUCAUCGACGGCUGUCCUCCCCGCCGCCGCCUCUCCGAACCGGAUUUGCAGGCGGAGCUCAACAGAAGGAGAACAGGUCAGGAGGGUCGAACUACAACCAACAGAAAUGAGACUGAUACCUGCCGUAUACUUUCAGGAGUUACCGAUGGCGUGACCACGGGAACACCUAUUCUCAUCUUUGUACCCAAUACAGAAAAAAGUAGGCAUGAUUACAAUGAAAUGUCAAUGGUUUAUAGGCCAUCUCAUGCCGACGCAACUUAUGAUAUGAAGUAUGGAGUUCGAGCCGUUGAGGGUGGUGGGAGAGCUUCAGCUAGAGAAACCGUUGGAAGAGUGGCAGCGGGAGCUGUUGCUAAGAAAAUUCUCAAGGAACUUUCUGGAACCGAGAUUAUUGGGUUUGCCUCUCAAGUCCACGAUGUUGUUAUUCCAGAGGGUAUGGUUGAUUACAAUUGUCUAACACAAGAUGAGGUAGAUAGAAGUGUGGUGAGAUGUCCAGUCCCUGAAUAUGAAGAGAAGAUGAUGGCUGCUAUUGAUACGGUCCAUGCAGUAGGAGACUCCAUUGGUGGUGUUGUUACAUGUAUUAUCAAGAAUUGUCCACGUGGGCUGGGUUCGCCAGUGUUUGACAAACUUGAGGCUGAGCUUGCUAAAGCUCUCAUGUCAAUUCCUGCCUCUAAAGGCUUUCAUAUUGGCAGUGGCUUUGCUGGCACUUUCUUGACAGGGAGUCAACAUAACGAUCCUUUCUUUGUUGAUAAAGAUGGAAGAAUCAGAACGAGAACCAAUCAAUCUGGUGGAAUACAAGGAGGAAUAUCUAAUGGAGAAGUUAUAGUCAUGAGAGUAGCUUUCAAGCCAAUAGCCACAAUCGGAAGGAAGCAACAAACAGUAACAAGAGACAAAAGAGAGGUCGAAUUGAAGGCUCUCGAUUGCCAUGAUCCAUGCGUCGUCCCACGAGCCGUGCCUAUAGUAGAAGCAAUGGUGUCGCUUGUGCUUGUGGACCAAUUGAUGGCGCAGCAUGGACAGUGCAAUUUGUUUCCCAUCAAUCAAGACUUGCAAGAGCCCAUACAAUUUCCAGCCUUGGUUUGAAGCAUUAAGCCAUUUGGUUUGAGACUAAAAAGAAUUAUCUUUUUUGUUUUUCUUUCCUCUAUCGUUCUCGUGCUGGUUAGUUGUUAGCAUAAUAGUAUUUUGAACUUGUUUCGGGUCAAAUAAGUCAGCUUGCAUUGAUAUAUAAAGCAUGUACUAGAUUUGCGACUUUAUA